AUGCCUGGCGAUAAUAAUGAACAAGUACAGAGAUCUCCUUCAAGUGACCAGAGACUGAGAGUUGACUGGGAUGAAGGUAACCAUUACGAUGUAUCUCCUGAUAGGUAUGCGCCCCAUUUGUCAGAAUUUUACCCAAUUGUAAACAGUAAGAAACUCGUGACGGGUAGUGUUGGUUCUGUCAACAAUGAUCACCUGGACGAUAUGAACCAUUUGCGCUCUUCCAAAGUGUAUUCCAAGGCCCGUCGGGCAUCCAGCAUAACUUCUGGUACGAGUACAAUCAACGACUUGCAAACCCUAAUCACGAAAAGAGAUGUGAAAGAGACGCAGGAAGCUCUAUCGAGUCUGUUCAGAAAUUCGAAUGCCUAUUCAAACUCAUUGCUGAAGACAUCUCAGAAUGGGGCGGAAAUUGCCCAUUCCCUGGAAAACAUUGCCAAACUGAAGGGUUGCAACGAUGAAACAGCCGAAAAGCUACUAAGUGCAAGUGGGUUAUUCUACUUAUUGUCCAAUCACCAGCUCAUAAUGUCAAAGUACUUCAACGAUUUGUUGGGAGAUAAUUUAGUUGAUGAUAUUGAUGAAUUCAAGCUACAAACCAAAAUAAUGGAGAACAAGUUUAAGGUGCAAAGUAAAGAGCAAAGCUUAAAGUUGAAACUGCAGGAAAGACACAAUUUUGAUAUUUCGAAAAGGAAAAUAAGGAACUUAAUUUCAUACCGAGAAAGUCUCUCUAGUUUACAAGCACGAUUAGACCAGUUAGAAACGCUAAAACACGAUUUUUACAUGGACUCGUACGACCUCGUGGAAAAUACAUGUAAUAAAGUACUAAACAGAGUGGCUACGGUGUCUAGGGCACAAGUGGAAAUUUCUGAAAAUAUAGCCAGGAAAGGUUGGUCCGGUGGCGGGCUUGAUGAGUUGCUGUGUGAUGCAGACGACCCAUUCAGCAAAAAAACUGAGGGUCCCCACGGUACCACCAAUGGUGAUGAAGAGACUGGAGACGGGGUAGAAUACAUCAACGAUAGGGGCACAAAUGGGGGCGACAUCGUGCUCAAUGAACUGUUAGAGGGAACCAGUCGACCUUCCACGUCAAAGACCUCUCUCGCUAAAUCCAAGAACUCCUCGACGGGAUCCACGCCGCACCAUCCCCAGUUCAACACAAGUGUGGAGGGGGUACGAAGCGAAAGUGAUGACAGCGGCAAAAAUGGGGACGAUGAUAAUGAUGACGAUGAGGACGCAGACAAUUUGAUGGGAGCGGAGAAUUCAUUUUCUUUGCCACCUACAAGAAACUCUGACGAGGAAACCACAGAUACGUUGAGGCAGUUGUCAAUCAAAAGGGACAAUGACGACCACGCCAGCGACACUGACGGGAUAGAAGACCAGUCAAGCAAUAUAUAA